AUUGCCAACUUUAGUGCCGCGAGGAAGAGCUAAGGCUAAUGUGUCAGAGUCAUGCUAACCGAUCUGUGCUAGUCUGGUGUCCCAAAGUAAAAGAAAGCAUUAAACAGACAUUCUACAAAUAGGACCACCUUUCGGACACCCGCUUAGGGGGCGGCUAACCUGAACCGUCAACCUUUGACAUCUGACAGCAGCUGGUGAGCUAGCGUUAUUGGCUAGCUACUCGAAAAGUAUCGUUGGAGCUUGUUUGAUUACAGCCAUGUCUACGGCCGGAGACUUCGGGAAUCCUUUAAGAAAAUUCAAACUAGUGUUUCUUGGAGAGCAGAGUGUGGGGAAAACUUCCCUUAUCACCCGGUUUAUGUAUGACAGCUUUGACAACACCUAUCAAGCCACAAUAGGAAUAGACUUCCUGUCAAAAACCAUGUAUCUUGAAGACCGAACAAUAAGGUUGCAGUUGUGGGACACAGCGGGCCAGGAGCGCUUUCGCAGUCUCAUCCCAAGUUACAUUCGAGACUCUGCUGCAGCUGUUGUUGUUUAUGACAUCACAAAUGUCAACUCCUUCCAGCAAACAACAAAGUGGAUUGACGACGUUCGGACAGAGAGAGGAGGUGACGUCAUCAUUAUGUUGGUUGGAAACAAGACGGAUCUUGCAGACAAAAGGCAAGUAUCUAUUGAAGAGGGUGAGCGGAAAGCCAAAGAACUAAAUGUUAUGUUUAUUGAGACUAGUGCCAAAGCAGGCUACAAUGUAAAACAGCUUUUCCGUCGUGUGGCUGCUGCACUUCCUGGCAUGGAUGCCACACAGGACAAAAGUAGGGAGGACAUGAUCGACAUAAAACUGGAGAAGCCUCCAGAACAGCCCAAUAGUGAAGGAAGCUGUGCGUGCUAAUGUACUUACACACUAGAGCUCUGUUAAACCAACACUCAUUUGUUGUACAGUAAAUAUAUCUAUCAUAAACCCUCUCUCCAGUACAUGAACACUACAUCAGUUAUGCUGUUGUGCAAGUUAAAUCUCUCAACAAGUCUCUGAAAGUCACAUGUCACUUAUAAAUUGAAUAUUUGCACUGGAAAAGAGAAACUAUAAUCAUAGGUGAUGCUUGGUCUGGUGAAGAUAAAGGAAUGUUAUUGGUGUAUGGAGGUUUCCAAAGAAAUGAGGAAACAUCAGGAAAUGUUAUUUUCAUAUCAUUUUUAAAGUUAACUGGCACUCAUCUGUAAUACUGUCACCAAAGCUAUUUGUGGAUAUGGAAAAGAUUACAACCUUAAGCUUACUGGACUUAAGUUUUCAGUGUUUACAAACUUGUUAUGCAACAGCAUCCAUAGUUUCAGAUCAUUCCCACAUUUCACCAAAAAGCAGCCUUUGAAAUGAGAAACAUUAAAUUCCCCUGAUUUGGUGUCAGCAUGAAUGGCAAUGACCACAAGGACAAAGCUGUCACCACUAAAUCUCAUGUCAUCCGUGUCCUGCUCCCAUCCACUGACAGAGUGAUGGUUAAUUUUACCUUGGCUUCCAUUUUCUACUUUGUUUUUUGGGUGUUUUUUUUUCAUAGAUUGUUCAUGAUUUUAUGACACACAACUGCUAUUAUAGGUUUAAAAUGAUUAUUUGGUCCUAGUGUUUGAAGAGAUUCAGCUCAUUGUCUACAUGAGCCACAUUCAUAAAUCCUGAAAUAUACAUAAUAGUUUUAAACAAAUGCCUUUUUGAAGUGUCAACAUAGAUGAUUUCUUUGCUUUGGGUUUAUAGUCUUGUUUGGGAUGAUGUUUAAGAACACUUUCUUUUUGCUUGUUUUUACUUUUGUUAUUGAUUUUUGUUAGUAACCAUUAUUUUUGUGUAUUUAAUCCAUUAUUACUUGCAAUAUUUAUUUCUACCCAUUUCAUGUACCCUUUAUGACCGUUAAUCUGUCCACAUUUGGAACAGUUCCUGCCAAUUUAAUAUGCGUCUACAUUGGACUACCCUUACCAAAACACUGCUAACUGGCUGAUUGAUCAUAAUGAUAACAGUGCAAUUUGUGUGUGAAUAUUUGGAAGAGAAUUUGUAUUGCAUUGUAAUCUUUGUCUCUGUCAUGAAUUGUUUUAAAUAAAAGCAUAAAAUACACUUCACACUGCUA